AUGGACAGAACAGCUCUCAAGAUUCCGAAAAACGCUGGUUCAGGACUCCAUCUUGAGGAUGAAUCGGAAUGUGAUGAUAAUCAGUCGGCCAGGCGCAGCACAUUUGGACACUUUGAAGAAACGAUGGAUCAGUUCCAGCAAUUCAAAGUGGAAGCGGCCACAGAGUCUUUGCAAGCUGCUUAUAGGCACUUCCUGAAUCUAAGCCCAGAUAGCUUCAGAAACCCGACUGACUACGAGAAGGAGCAGGUGGAUCGAGGUAGAGAGAUGGGUUUGAGUUAUUGUUCCGCUCCUCCUUUCUUUGGUGCUGUUUUGUUAAACCCCAAGCUGAUCGCAGAUAAGGAUGUCCAUUUUUAUGCUAGCUUUACCACUGUUUUUGGUGCUGUUGCACUCAAGCUGCAUAAAUAUAAAAUAGCUAUAGACUUAUUUCAGCGAUGUGAUUCUCUUUACACAUUUGAUGCCACGCCAUGUCCUGAAAACAACGAGCAAGUUAUCAAUAUUUUAAGAGCAGUAGCCAAGGCUAACGUAGGCUGUGUUUAUCUGAUUAUGAGAGCUACGAACAAGGCUAAGGAUUAUUUAGAACGAGCGCUGGAGAUUUUUGAAACAUUUAAAAACAAAACUGACUCUCCAGAAAUAAACAUUGUUGCUGUACAAAUCAACUUAAGCUUAGCUUACCAGUGUCAGAAAAACUACCCUACUGCAGUGAAGUUACAAGAGCGUCUUCUUCUGAAAGCCAAAGACCCCAUUAUUCCCCCACGUUUGGUAGCUGCCAUAUAUUACAAUCGAGCAGAGUUGUUCACAGAGCUCAAAGAACCUAUCAAAGCACUCAUAGAGCUGAGGAAAUUGGAUGCACUAUCUGAGGGGAUGAACAAUGAAGAAGGAAUAUUCUCAGAAUUCAUAUCUUCUAAAAUUUGUUUGGCGUAUCAAACGAUUGGAGAUGUGGCUCGUGCAGAGAAAAUAGCGGAGCGCUUGGCUUUCCCUUCUCUUUCCCCUCAAUCGCUAUCACCACCACUAUCGCCUUCCUCACAAUCGUUUUCGGCAGCAUCAGGGUCAGGGUUAGGGCCAUCAUCAUCAUCAUCAUCAUUAUCAUCAUCAUCUUCUUCAGCAGUUUCAUCAUCGUCAUCGUCAUCGUCAUCGUCAUCGUCAUCGUCAUCGUCAUCUUCGUCAUCGACAUCGUCAUCUUCAUCGUCUGCUUCGUCACUGAUGUCUUCAUUUCCGUUUUUAUUUCCCGAUUUUGGAGGUGUCCUCGAAUGUAGUGGAAAAUUCCACUGGGACUUCUUGUUCGCAACAAUAUUGAAUUUAGUUGAUUAUCACUUGAACGAAAAAAACGUAGACUUUGCAUCUUUCCUUGACGUUUUUGUACCAAGUUGCCAAGAGACGCUUGGGAAAAAUCACCCAACACAGGCAUCGUUUCUCUAUAGGCAAGGUGUUAGAUUCUUUCUAAUGAAAAAAAACUUGUCAUCAAAACAUUUCUUUGAAGAAGCAUUGAGUAUUUUAACAAGUUUUGACUACGCUUCAGAUCACCCGGAUUUAGUGCAAUGUAACAUCGCUCUUGCCAAGCUUUUAUUGUGCGAGGACUUCCAAGAGGUUCCUCAGUUGAAGUCGCGCCCUGACCGAAGCUGGCGAGAAUUUCCUUGCAACGCGGCAGAUGGAGUUGUGAGCCCUAAUAUUCAAUCAUUUGGAGAAGACAACAACAAGUGGGACAGCAACGAAGAAUUUAACGAACCAGGUAAAAUUUCUAGUCAAGAAAACCGUGAAGGCGAGCAUCACUACCGCCUUAAAAAUCCAUCCCAAAGGGAUAAAAACGGGAGAAUCAGCAUCUCACAGGAGAUACUGGAAACACCAAAUGAGGUCAGAGAUGGACGGAACGAUGUCCUCAAAGCUUCUUUUCAGGGAGAAGAUGUGGUUGCAGACAGCGGUGAAAACUGCGAUGUAUUUCCUACAAAUGGGGCUUGCGGCUUUGACAAGGAUUGGAAUACCCAAGCUGUUGCCCUUCCAAAAACACUAGGAGAUUCCCAUGAGAGUAAUUCGAAAGAAAAAAGAUCUCUUGGUUUGAAAGGUGGACGCCGAAGCGAUCUUCCGUCAGGCCACAGUUCACAAAGAGAUUCAACUGAGGAUGACUUUGGAGCAAAUCAAAUCGGAUUAGAUCCCAUUUUUCUCGCACGUCAUUCUUGUGGGUGCAAUACAUCUGAUGAGCGCUGGGAUUCUUGUGGCCCAUGUGAAGAUUUAGAAUUGCCUGCAGGUACACACUCCGAGUACAACAGAUCUGGAUGUAUGCCUGAAGUGUACCACGCUACUCCCCUAAGUUCAUCGAUACUUCCCGAAUGUCGUGAUUCUACAAAAUUUUAUGCAGGAGAUUAUUCUGCCUACGCCAGUACCAUGGGAUCUCCUCCACAAAUAUACUCAAGUCGUGAUGGUUAUCAGCCGCAAAAGUCAUCCCUAAACGUAGUUCUGAUGCCCAAAACUAUUCCAGCGAAGACCAUAGGACUGCCUCAAUCUUCAAGUUUCGUCGAAGAUGGAUCUAAAGCAAAUCUCACGUUGACAGUCAGAGAGUUUCCCACUAGUAAUGCACGGGCAAGAACUCCGCCAAAUAUCUUCACAAAUGGACAUGUACUCGCCGAAAGGCCGAUGUUGUCAUCGCAGUUUGAAAGAGGAGAUGACGCUACGGGAUUUCUUCUGGACGGGGAAAGUGAAGAAGCUGGUCAGGGUCUGUUGAACAGUAAUUCAAACACAUUUGCUGACGAGUCGUUGGCCGUCCUCGAGCAACGUGUGGCUGAAGCUUGCUGUCUUGUCGAGAAAACGUUGAAAGAAAGACAAGAAAGAGAGAAAUCGAUGAAAGAAACGGAGCGAAAAAGAAAAGAAAAGCGGGCAAGGAAAGAACAACUUGCACGUGAAAAAAAAGAAAGGGAAGCGAGGGAAGCGAGAGAAACAGAACUCAUGAAUGAAAGAGUAGAGGGGAACUCCACGAGCAGUGGACAAGAAACACCUUCGCAAGACUCGGCUCCUGCUGAGGUUCGACAAUGGCUCUGUGAACAUUAUCAGCGGCUCUGCCGUGUCAAGUUCUCGUGCUGCGGAAAGUUCUUUCCUUGUCAUCGUUGUCAUAACAACUCUGGGUGCCCAAAUGAUAAUUCCAAAGCAAGAGAGGCGUGCUCUGUUGAGUGCUCUGUUUGUAGCCAUCAACAAGAGGUAAAUAGGAAUGACAUUGACUUGAAAUUUUAUAUAAGAUGAAAGAGGGUUCUUACUCUUAGGUUAUAACCGAUUUAACUUCGAAUGUUUGAUUUUUAAGAUCAACCAGGACGCCCACACCUGUGUCAGAUGCAAAACAAGGCUCUCAGCAUAUUUCUGCUCGGUUUGUAAACACUUCACAGGGGAGGAUAAAGCUCCUUAUCACUGCGAAAAAUGUGGUAUCUGCCGGUAGGUGAAACAAUAUUCAUGACGAAUGUUUUUUUCGUUUGUUUGGAUAUUAUGCUUGUUGUCCAAAAGAAUAAGGGUCAGGGAGUUAUUGGCCUGCUUCAGUACCAAGUCAAGGAGUUAUGACUAGUGUUACAGUAUGAAUGAAGAAUCCGGACGCUGCCUUCAGAGCGAGAACAAAAUAUUACAGAGAAUUGCUUCAUCGAUGAGUGGUUAAAACACCUCAUUGAAUCCCACAAAACAUUAGUUUUGGUUUCCUCAUAAGUAUCAAGCUUCCUCUUCAAUAAUUAUUGCAGCUUAUCAAGUAGAAAUACAGCGCUUUUAAGUAUGAAUUAGAAAUUUGUUUCCCCAACGAAUCAUAUUGUGCUCAAGUAAAUACGUGCGAAGUGAUGCUCCUAUUUCCCGUUCAGUAUCUACAAGGACUGCUCCUUCCACUGUGAUGUGUGUAACGUCUGUCUGGACAAACGGCUGGAAGGAAAACAUUCUUGCCGAGCAAAUUCAGGACACGAUGAGUGCUGCAUCUGUUUAGAGGUAGUUACGUAAUUACUCAUUAAGGCUGAAUAAGAGUAAGGAAUGGGAGAAAUAUCUUCGAAAACUCAGUUUGGUUUUAUUCACCCGUUACGCAUAGUAACGUCAGGUGCUUGCAUUUCUUGGGUGGAAAUCUGAAGAAAGAGAAGCAGGGCAAUUAGAUCACAAUCCAAACAUUUUUUUUUAUCUCGUUGAUCGGUUCCUUAUUUCAGGACGCUUUCAGCGGUUGUCAGAUCCUGCCAUGCUCACACAAGGUUCACCGAGAGUGCGCUAUUGCUAUGAUACAGAACGGCGUGUAA